AUGGCAUCUUCAGAUGAUAUGCUUCUGCGUAAAAUUGCACCACUCCCAAACAGAUCAAAGAAGAGAGAGUUGUCGCAGGGCAGGCCAAGUUCGCAAUCAUCCAGUAGUGAAGCGGAUAAUAUCCCCGCAACGCCGGACAGUUCAACAGAUGAGGCCACAGUCGCAAUCCAUCAAGUCGGGGGAAGCAACAGCCCCGGAACACAAGUUGAUACUAUAUCUAACUUUAGUUCGGCUCAAUCUGGGGUCUUUGUGGAGCGUUCCAUAACGUUAACUCCCGAACUUUCGGAGGAGAAACAAGGUCGACCUACAUCGAGCAGAGACGGAGACUUAAAGAUCGUUGUGACACCGGACCAUGAAUUGCCUCAACCUUUGUAUACAUUAGAUUCAGGAGAAAAGACUUUGGCAGGCGACCGCUCAGAAAAUCUCCCGGAGGUUAUGGAAGAUGCUCGCUAUAAGUUUUCGCCAGAUGGUAUUGAGGUGCGGGGUAGCGUCAGCCUCAGCACGCCGCUUAGCCACUCCCGAAGAUCUUCCGGAAAUUCAUUUGCUACCGAUUCGUCAGACGAUGCAGAGUACGUAGUAGAAGAGGAAGAGGCUCCCGUUGAAACCUUUUUUACCGAUGGAUUCCAAUACAUUCUUAGGAGAAGCUACAAUGUUGCAAUUAAGGUGGCACAAGAGAUGGAAAAAUUGGAAAAGACAUUCGAAACGGAUUCAAAUUUUCAACGACUGCUGAAUGAUGCAAGAGGACUGAGCACAGUCAACAUAUCAAAAACUAGGACCAUUGCCGUAUUAGGCGCUUCAGGAGAAGGGAAGAGCAGUCUGAUCAAUUCACUCUUGCACGUAACAGAGCUCGCUAGAACUGGUGAUGAGGGUGCUGCUUGUACUUCUGUUGUCACAGAAUACAGACAAAAGAAAAGAACCACCCUUGAAUCGUUUUCAAUUGAAGCCGAAUAUCUUUCCAAUUCGGAGCGUCGGGAGAUGGUGGAGGAAUUGCUGUGGAGCUUCAGACAGUUAUUUCUCCCAGAUCUAGAUCCUAGCGGAGGUGGAGUUGACUUUGAAGAGCAGCAACGUAUUGAAAGAGAAUCGGCAGUGGCCAGGUCGGCCCUUGAAGCAGUUUUUAGUGAGCAAGAAGGUUUCAGUAUCGACUUUUUGAGCGAUAACUCCGACGGCGCAUUUGAGAGAAUCAAAAACCAGCUACUAUCAUGGAUACAAAACAUUAAAUUUCCUACUGAUGAUGACUCCGGUCUAUGGACAGCAACUGCGGACACCCCGGAUGAAUGCCAAGACCUGACUAGCGUCUUCAUGGAGAAUAGACUUUGGCCAUUCACCAAGAUAAUUCGCGUUUAUCUUGAUGCUGAGGUCCUGAAGACUGGAGUAGUCCUCGCCGAUCUGCCAGGCUUGCAAGACACCAAUCUAGCACGUGUUCGGGCAACACAAAAAUACCUGCAAGAUUGUGAUCACGUCUUUAUUGCGACCAAAAUUUCCCGAGCUAUUACCGAUGCAACACUCAAGUCAGCAUUAUACGAUGAACUCAAGCGCCAUGUUCCGCUUGCAUGGGAGGAGACGGGGGUCGAUAACACCAAUUUCAAAUUGGCCGUGAUUUGUACAAGAUCAGAAGACAUCAACGAGAAGACGGCGAAGAGAGCAUUUGUUGGAGAGGGCAAAGAAUUAUCUACCAGCGACAUAAGUCUGAUAGAUAAGGAUAUUGACAGUGCAAAGCGUAAAGGCGACAAAAAGUUGAAGAAAGAACUUGAGCGCAAGAAGCGUUGGCUCUUCAUCGAAGCUCGCAACCGACAUGUUACUGAACGGCUCCAAACAGCGUAUCGACAAAAAAUUCCAAACGGAUGUUUAGAUGCACUUGCAUCGGUUUUGAAACAUCAUGGAGAGUUCCGAGAUGUCUUACAAAAUGACAUACUCCGUUUCUUUAAACAAAACGCUUCAACUACAGUGCAAACAAUCCGGCAAUAUGUCGAAGAACCAAAUGCCUCAUCUUUCAUUGUAACAGAUAUGAUGCCAGCUUAUCGUGGAGCUUGCAGUCAAGGAGAAAACAUGCGUAAAGAGAUGAUUACUAUAAUCGACGAUGAAUUUGGCAAGCUCAAAGGGGAAGUAGUCGGUAGUUUUGAUUUAAUACGUAAGGAUAUUGAUAUGGCAGUUGCUGAAAAGCCGCAGUCGUCAAGUCACGCUCUUAGUCCCGAAGCAAAGAAAUUGAUAGACGGACUUGCUAAAAAACUUACUAAGUUGAGAGUGAGGCAUGAUGAGAUUAUAAAUACCCAGCAGCAUGUUGCGGGUAUUUGA